AACUUACCCAACUACGCCAAAACUUUCCUCCUUCUGCAUUUCCCAAUCCUUCACUCUCUUUUUAUUUUUCUCUUCCUAAUAUUCCUCUUUCUCGUCCACUCAUUGUAUGUGCCAUCGUUAACGUGAUUUAUCACAACUUUCCUGAGGUGAUUCAUUGAAUACCGAUCGUUUCUGUGAAUAUGGCUUAUUGAGAGGUGCAGAUAGGACCAGCUGAAGUAUGUUGUGCUGCGGAGGUGCAGAGGAGGAGAGCAGCGGCCCCCCUGCAAGCCAAUACACUGCACCACCUAGGGGUAGCACAUACGGCGGAGGAGGAGGAAGUGGUAGAGGAGAGCCUAGGGGUGUUGCAAGGAGUGCCCCACAGAAAGUGUUGCCGAUUGAGAUACCCUCUAUUCCAUUGGAAGAGUUAAAUAGGUUAACAGGAAACUUUGGUACAAAGGCUUUCAUCGGCGAAGGUUCCUACGGACGGGUUUACUAUGCAAAAUUGAGUGAUGGUACUGAUGCUGCUAUUAAGAAGCUGGAUAAUAGUUCUUCCCCAGAACCCGACUCCGAUUUCGGCACUCAGUUAUCGGUUGUCUCAAGACUGAAGCAUGACAACUUUGUUGAGUUGAUUGGAUAUUGUCUAGAGGCAGAAAACAGAAUUUUGGUAUACCAACAUGCAAGCCUUGGUUCUUUGCAUGACGUGUUACAUGGAAGGAAGGGUGUACAAGGGGCUGAGCCUGGUCCAGUUCUAAGUUGGAACCAAAGAGCCAAAAUUGCAUUUGGUGCAGCAAAAGGACUUGAGUUUCUUCACGAAAAGGUUCAGCCUUCUAUUGUUCAUCGCGAUGUUAGAUCCAGCAAUGUCUUACUGUUCAAUGACUAUGAGGCCAAGAUAGCAGAUUUUAGCUUGACAAAUCAGUCUUCUGACACAGCCGCUCGGCUACAUUCAACAAGAGUCUUGGGAACAUUUGGCUAUCAUGCUCCGGAGUAUGCCAUGACUGGGCAGAUAACCCAGAAAAGUGAUGUUUACAGUUUUGGUGUUGUGCUAUUAGAACUCUUGACUGGAAGAAAACCAGUAGAUCACACAAUGCCGAAAGGACAACAAAGUCUUGUAACUUGGGCAACUCCAAGGCUGAGCGAGGACAAAGUGAAACAAUGUGUUGAUCCUAAGCUAAACAACGAGUAUCCGCCAAAGGCUAUUGCCAAGUUGGCAGCAGUGGCAGCGCUUUGUGUUCAGUAUGAAGCUGAUUUCAGACCAAACAUGACGAUUGUGGUGAAAGCUCUUCAGCCACUUCUCAAUGCAAAACCGCCUGGUCCUGAAACUCAAGCUUGACAUUGUGAUCUCGUUUAACUAUGAGGGUCAUUAGAUUUUUGUGCAAUUUGUAACACAAUGAUGAAGUUCAUUUGCUUUCAUUGUCAAAUGAUUGUAUAUUAUGCUAUGCCAAAGUUGAUUCGGUUUGCU